AUGGAGGCGAUAACGAUAUUGGAGCAAAACAAACAUGUGGCGGCGUAUGCACAGAAAGUGGUGGACAUUGUGCUACUCAUUCUUGCUGUACCGCUGGCGCUGUUUUGGACACGCUUGGUGUUCCGUCUAGUGUGGUGGCUCUUUGUAACGACGGUGUGUGUGCUGACGCGUGGCUUGUGCUGUGGUUCACGUAAGCGUAGCUCAACGGCGAAGUCUGAGCUCGCGAAGAAGACGGUUAGCGUCGAUGCUGGCUAG